UUCAUCGGCAAAGUUGACUCAUAACAAAUUGUAAGAGGACACCAGGCGAGGUUUGCCCUGCAGUCUGAGGCCACAAAUAUCUGCAGCUGAAGCCUGAAAACGUCGCUCCAGAAGUUUGACUUUAAAGAAAGAAGAAAGAGCCCAGUUACCGUCAACAUGAUCGGUUUGAGGAUUGGUGUGCUUCUUCUUCUUCUUGUUGCUGGGACAUUAACAGACGACGGAUUGGACCUGUCCGACGCUCUGGAUGAUCUGGCGCCGUCACCAACACCUGCAAAGCCCAAAGAGCAGCCCAAGGCUCCCGAGAAACCCAAAACCGACGGGGGGCUGGACCUCUCCGAUGCGUUUGCACCAGAUGAGCCAGCUCCGACUAAAAAACCCAAGAAACCGAGUUCUGGAGAUUCUGGUGGUUUUGGGUUAGAUCUGGAGGACGCUCUGGGUCCAGACCCCAACCCCAAACCAGACAAACCUGCAGUGCACCCCACAGACCCCGCAAAGCCCCGAGGUGGUGGAUCGUUUGGAGACUCUGAUUUGUCGGAGGUCAGUGACGGAGACUACAAACCUGAUGGAGGACGCUCCGGAGGAGGGCGAGCGGUGGACCCCGGCUACGACUCUCAGGGCGGUGCUGGCGAUCAGCCUCAAGAAGCUGGAGCUGGGACAGUUGCGGGCAUCGCCAGCGCUAUCGGAGUGGCGCUUCUCGGAGCGGCGUCCAGUUACUUUGCUUACCAGAAGAAGAAGCUCUGCUUCAAGAUACAAGGAGGUGCGGAUCCAGAGAGUGGUAAAGGCCAGCAGUCUGAUCCCCAAGUUUUCAGCGAACUGCUCAGGACGUCCUAAACUCCGUCUGCAUCUGACAACUCAGUGGCCUUCUCUCCAAAACUGAACUUCAUCCAACUGUCCGUCAACUGCCAUCUUCAGUCUGAAGGAUUCCUCUUUCCUUUUACACAACUUCAUCCUCACUUAAAAACUAUAAAUACCAUUAGUUGUGCAUCAUUUAUUUCGAACCAAACCCAGCUAACAGCUGAGCUUUUUAUGAUGAUUUCAAUUAUUCCUUCCAUUGACAUGAAUUAAUUUAGGGCUGAAACUAUUGAUAAUCUUCACUGUGGAUUAAUGUGUGGAUUAUUCCCUGGAUGAAUGGAUUAGUUGUUGGUUCUCUAAAAUGUCAGAACAUUUUUGAAAAAUGUGGAUCAGUGUUUAGUAGGAGUUUUAUUCAGUCAUCAAAAAAAUACAUAUCAAACAGUAAGCAGUGACUGAAAGGAUUAGGCUGAAGCAAAAGCUUAUAUAUGCCUCUCCUGUGAUCUUAUCGAUUAAAUCUACCUGCCUUAAAGGAAAAGGAAAUAAAAAACAAGAUAUAAGUAAAGAAACAAGAAAAUUAUUCUCAUUUGUAACCCUCCAAAAUAGCAUUACAAACCAUUUUCUUAAAAACCAAAAAUUAGUUGCACAUUUUUUAAUUUAUAUUGACAUUGUUCCAUAAUUUUACCCCAACUGUAGAAAUACCUAAAUUUCUUUGUUUUCUUUUUGAAAAGUAAGUUAAAAAUACCGCUCAAUAUUUACUUUUAAUAUAUUGAAAACAAAACUUUGGAUACGGUAUGGAAGUGAUUUUAAAUGUUUCCCAAAGCCCAAGACGACUUCAAAUGUCUUGUUUUGUCCACAACUCAAAGAUAUUCAGUUUACUAUCACAGAGGAGAGAAUAAAGUAGAAAAUAUUUACAUUUAACAAGAUGACAUCACACAAGUUUCACUAUUUUUACAUAACAACAUUGUGUGGUUCACUGCCUCACACAACUCAAACGAGGUGUUUGUUACAGUUUAAGUGAGCUGAUAGGUAUUCCCCUCUCUGUAACUCAUUUGUUUCUUUAGCACCUUAAAUCCUAAAGGGUUUGUUCAUCCAAAAGAAAAAGAAAAUCAUUGGUAUCAAGCCGUCGUUUCCUUUGCCCAGAUGUUGAGAUAUCAGAGUCUGCAAUUUCUGCCUGUCAUCUUUCUUUCUUUUUAGUUUAGUUUCUUUUUCUUUAAGUUUUUUGUGUUUUUUCUGCCUCACUUGAGAACUAUAAAUACCAUUAGUUGUCUAUCAUUUAUUUAGAACCAGUGGAGCUUUUCAUGAUGAUUUCAACUAUUACUACUGUUCACAUGAAUUAACUUAGGGCUUAAAUGUACAUUAAACUGAAUUUAUCGACUCAUACUCUACGCUGAUAACACUGUCCUUUACAGACAUGUAAACCUGGAGGACGUGUUGUUUACAUCGACAGAAAGUAUUAACUUAAACAUGGUGAAAUAUACUCCUAAAAGAGGUGGAAUAACAAAUAAAAGCCAGGUUCUCUUUGCAACCGAAGUUCAGGCCAACCUCUGAGAGUUUACAGCUAUCCUUUUAAUCAUCAUGUAACUGGAUCUAAAUCCAUCUGAAGGAGCUUUUUGAUCGUGAUGUAAAACUUACUACAUGUAUACAUCCAAUAAAAGUGAGGUGGCAUUGGAAGUAAGAGAUCAAAUGUUGUAUAUGUAACAUACUGUGUAAGCUUCAGCUUUUCGUUAUUUGUGUGCUGCAAAUUUAUUGUCUGUAAUUUGAUUCCUUAAAGUUUUUGUUAAAGCUGCACCAUCCCAUAUUUUUAUAUUAUUAUUAUUAUUAUAGCGUCCGAUCUGCACCAAACUUGGCACAUAGUAUCUCCAGAUGGGCCUGAACAAACUUUUUUUUUAAAUAAUUAAGCUUGGUUUUCAAAAAUACGCGAAUUACUAAUGUAUUCUUUUAGCUAGGUACAAAAACACAAACGUUAAGUCUAUCUCGAUCAAAUUAAAUGUUAUUAACACUAAAAUGGAGAUUCUGGAUUGCCAGGACACACAGGUAUGGCAACAAAUUUGGCAAAUAUUGGCCACUAGGGGGCGCUGCAAAUGCGAAAAUUUUAUAUCCCAUGAAGGGCUCAUGCGAUUUUUACAGGGUACCAUCUAAGGCCACUCCGAAGGCCACGCCUACAAUUUUGUACUGAUUGGUCAAAGUGGGUGGGGCCUAUUACACCACCAAUAAAUGGGCCAUUGCACUUUGGUUUCAACUUUGUUAGUCUUUCUUGUUUUCAGAGAAUAACGUUUUUAGGAAUCAACGAGAGACAGAAAUUACCUGAUAAGAUGGAGAGUUUCUGCAGUCUGUGUAUUUUAUCAGUUUUAUUUCUCAACUUUGACUCUUGUUGCUUGCUGUAGCAGAGCAUCAGCCAGGAAACACGCACGUAAAGCCUCGACGGCUUUACGCUGUAAAAAGUCCCAUGAAAUAUCAAUGUGUGGAAAGAUAAGCCUGAUUGGUUUAUCGGUCUCUGGGGGCGGAUCAUACACACAUUUUGGGCAAAUCAUUUGAGAAACCUCUUGAAAAUAUGUCAGAAUCUUCAAUACGAUUUGAGUAUGAUGCCUUUCUGUCCCUUUUUUCAGCGUUUUUGUUGGCUUUUUUUGUUGCAUUAUUAGUUUCCUUUUUCACCUUUUUUAACACCUUUUUUGAUGCCUUUUGGUCGACCUUUUUGAUGCAUUUUUCCAUCUCAUUUUUCGGCGUUUUCAUCACGUUUUUUGUUGCCUAUUUUGUUGCCCUUUCACGCGUUUUCGUCUGUUGCCUCAGGGGCUUGUGUUAUGAUGUUAAAAAGAGUUGCACGCUGUAAAUACUUGAGAAUAAUGUGUAUAAAUCCUCUGCUUAAGGCCUGAUGCUGCAAUGAUCAUGAUCUCUGUCUGAACAUGUGUUUUGUUGUGUCUCAGUUUUACUUCUGGUAUAUUUACAUCUAAAGAUUAGACAAAUGUUUCUUUUGUGAGUGAUUUAAAGUGUGUGCACAUUUUCAAUAAAGUGGUGUUGUACAAUU